GCUGUUUUGUCUUCAAGCCAAGCAAGGUGGGGUUGGCUGUGGAUGGGGACAGUGCCUGGGUGCCGUCCUGAGGGUGACAGUGUCAUUCCUUUUCCCGGGGCAGCAGGUAGGAUGGAGAGCCCCGUCCCCUAGCUGCCCUGUCACACCCGCCCCGGAUUGGGUUGAGAUCCCACAGCACAGGGCACCUCUCCGUUCACUUAGGCGCAGCCAGCCUGAGAGUGGCGGGCAGUGGAAGGCUCCUGGGUUCUGGACCCGCCCCGGGACUAUGUGGACACUAGGCAGGGAGGCCACCCGAAGUUUUCCUCUCAAACAUUCUAGGGCACCUGUCCGAAAGGACAGCCCGGGCCACCCUGCCACGUCAGAGCUCCAGGGACCUCCCCAGUGAUUUGUGGGUCCUUACUUGUGACCACGUGCUGCAUAUCCCAGCUUUGUCCUAAAGCCCUCAUCCCCGCUGUCGUCUGCGUUCGUUGCGUGGGAUCUCAGCUCGGGACUUGGAAACCUUUGGUGUUUGCUGAGCAGUUGGGAAGCUGCCCCGUGAUCCUGCUCCCAAACUGGCACGGAAGCUCUUCGUGGGCGGUCUUGACUGGAGCACCACCCAAGAGACGCUGCGCAGCUACUUUUCCCAGUAUGGAGAGGUUGUGGACUGUGUGAUCAUGAAAGACAAGACAACCAACCAGUCUCGAGGCUUUGGGUUCGUCAAAUUCAAAGAUCCAAACUGCGUGGGCACAGUGCUGGCCAGCAGACCACACACCCUCGAUGGCCGAAACAUCGACCCAAAGCCAUGUACGCCUCGGGGGAUGCAGCCGGAGAGGACGCGGCCAAAGGAAGGCUGGCAGAAAGGACCCAGGAGUGAUAACAGUAAAUCAAAUAAGAUAUUUGUCGGUGGAAUUCCUCACAAUUGUGGUGAGACAGAGCUCAGGGAAUACUUCAAGAAAUUCGGAGUGGUCACGGAAGUGGUCAUGAUCUACGACGCGGAAAAGCAGAGGCCUCGAGGUUUUGGAUUUAUUACUUUCGAGGACGAACAAUCAGUGGACCAGGCUGUCAACAUGCAUUUUCACGACAUCAUGGGCAAAAAAGUGGAAGUUAAACGGGCCGAGCCACGGGACAGCAAAAGCCAAGCGCCGGGCCAGCCGGGGGCCAGCCAGUGGGGCAGCCGGGUGGUGCCCAGUGCUGCCAACGGCUGGGCAGGUCAGCCCCCGCCCACGUGGCAGCAGGGGUACGGCCCGCAAGGGAUGUGGGUGCCGGCAGGACAGGCGAUCGGUGGCUACGGACCGCCCCCCGCGGGAAGAGGAGCCCCCCCGCCGCCCCCGCCCUUCACCUCUUACAUCGUGUCCACCCCUCCUGGAGGGUUCCCCCCUCCCCAGGGCUUCCCCCAGGGCUACGGAGCGCCCCCGCAGUUCAGUUUUGGAUACGGGCCUCCACCUCCCCCACCAGAUCAGUUCGCCCCCCCGGGGGUCCCCCCACCACCAGCCACUCCGGGGGCUGCACCUCUGGCCUUCCCACCGCCUCCGUCUCAGGCCGCCCCGGACAUGAGCAAACCGCCGUCGGCACAGCCCGACUUCCCGUACAGCCAGUACGGUUACGGACAGGACUUGGCGGGCUUCGGACAGGGCUUCUCAGACCCCAGCCAGCAGCCCCCCUCCUAUGGGGGCCCCUCGGUGCCCGGAUCGGGGGGUCCCCCCGCCGGCGGAAGUGGCUUUGGACGCGGUCAGAACCACAACGUACAAGGAUUCCACCCCUACCGACGCUAGCCGCAGCACCUUGAGGAUGUCAGGCGGCGGAGGCCAGGAUUCAAACUUGUGAACUCGUGACAAUCACAGACUUGGGGAAAAUACCAACUGGAGCGUGGGGGGCUUCUGGCGGUGGCUGUGGGCAUCUGGACCGAAGUUUUUAAACGUAUUCUUUCUCUAACCCAUCAGCUCAAUAAAAAAGUCACUGGUUCAACAACAGGGUUAAAAAAAUUCUUCAGCUUUAAUUCAAAACUUCAGGUUUCUUUUUCUUCCUUUUUUUUGAAAUUAUUUUCCUGAGCCUUUAUUUUACCGUAUAUUGUAAACUUUUAUGUUAAAGAAAAAAAUAUACAUUUACAAAUUGUGAGAUUUUUAAGAGAAAUUUUCUACAAUGUAUACUCGCUUAUUUUUUAAUUUAAAACAGGGUUUCUGUCGGCACUGGUGGAGGUGAGGGGCGUUUUUAGUCCCUCACUCCUGGCUUUGAGGGUUGGGACUCGUUGGUCCAGAAACUCUGGGAGCUUAAAGAAGAAAUCUACUGAGUGUGUUUUGUUUUUUGUUUAUUCUUUGCUUUUGUCGACUGGCGUGCCUGGCCACAUCUGCAGGUGCGCCGUGGGGCCGCGCUCGCCUGCGUCCGCCCUGGCGUCAAGGACCAGGAGGCCGGGCCAGCCCAUCUCCCGCGCUUGGGGCUUCAGGGCGUCCCCGCUGACCGGUUUGAAUAAAGAAAGUGCGUUUGGAUUAGAAA